AUGGGCUGUGCCGGUUAGAAACAGAAUAACAAACAAUCAUAAAAUAUGCUUCAUAUACAAAGUCAGUCAAACUCAAUUUUGAAAUCAAAGAGAAAACUGUGUAUUGAAUCUUUACCAAUGACUGAAUCUAAACAAUAAAUUCAAUUAUAUCGAUCAAUCGAUAUCUCAAAAGAUUAAGAAUUUGUUUUGAAGAGUGUGAAGAUGUUCAUUCCGAAAAAUUAAGAAUCUCCAAACUUAACUCCAAAAUUUAAUCAAAGUCUUCAGUUUGGAAUUGGAAAUAAUAGAAAUAAAGUUGUUUUAUGA